GAAUAUACAGGUAGGACGUUCUUUGUAGUCUAUUGACAUACAUGCGGAGAUUUUGCUCGAAUCGAGUUGAGUUUAGCCGAAGGAUUCGUUAUUUAUCCAGUUUUACUUUUGCCAAAAUGUCUAAGCUUUUCCAAAAUAGUUGGGGAUUAUUAAGAAUUGUGCAGUCAAGAUGGGGAUUGGCACGGAUCGUGUCAUCUAACCAGAUAUUAUUGAAGAAAGGUUUGCAGCGUGGGUUAGUGCUGGAAUGUACACCCUGUAAGCAACCAGUUCGAGAACUGACCGGCCAAGCGACCGACCAACCGAUCCGCUUUAAGAAAAUGCCCAUUGAUUACCCACCGGUCACUGGUUCCAGCCACUGGAGACGGAAAGUGCGCACAUGUUUCAACGGCUUAGAUUCAAAUUCUGACGGCUGUAUUACAAGAGAAGACUGGGUGGCAACCGUUGACCGGACUGUCCAGUAUUUGAGCCUUGAUGAAAAGCAAGCUGACCUCAUACUUAAGCAACGCCUGGCCAUCUGGGAACGUUAUGUGCAAAGUGUAAGGGAUGACACUUCUGUCAAGAUGACGUGGGACGAAUACUUGAAAGAAACUUUGUCGAACGUGAACGAAAUAAGCUAUCGACGUGAGCUACUUCCCAGCAUCAUAGCCGUGGAAUUCAAUACCAUGGAUAUUGAUGGCGAUGGUCGUAUAUCUCAGGAAGAGCAUGCUGCUUUUUUCUACACUAUACGCGCCCCAGAUGAUGAUUCGAAGAGAGUCUUCAACGUGAUGGAUAGCAAUAAGGAUGGGUUUAUAUCCAUGGAUGAAUUUGCAGAAGGGUUUGUGGAGUUUUGGCUAACGGAAGACCCAAACAAUAAAUACAAUAUGUUUUUUGGCCCCCUUGUCCAAAUGUAACUAGUUUCUUCCCGAACCAAUGUUUGUAUGGCAUUUUUUUCAUGUUUGCGUACAAAGAGUGAGCUUUUGAAGAAACUGUCGCCAUCAUAGAACACUAUAAACUAAUGCUUGUAGAUAAGUUGGGGUUAAAUACAUGAGGUUUAAUACAAGAUAGCAGCUUGAUAUAUGUGGCCAUCGCAUUAUACUUUUAUACUUACACUUGGCUAUGUAAAUAUGAAAAGUUAUGUAUACAUUCGUAUAUGAAGGUAUCGAUAAAGAGAUUUAACUUUUAUUAUAAGUA